AUCGAUUUUUCCACAGAUUGUAUCCGCAUUUCCGCUCAUAUUUUAUCCCACAACUUAAUUGUAGACCUGUAAUUAAUUCUAGCGCGGUUUAGAGGUGCCGUGUGGCGAGAUUUGGGGCGUUUUUGUGGAUCGGGGUGUUCGCUGAGUGUGGGAUGUGUACGUGGUGAUUUUUGCUCGCAGACGGCGGAGGCGUAGACGUGGGCGGGUGUUGUAAGGAGAGGAGAGGAGAGAGAGAGAGAGGUUCGCAGCGGCAGCGCCCGCCUCUUUACUUUUCCAUUUUUGCAUCCUCGCCGCGAAUCUUUCCCCAUCUUGCCGCUUGAGCGAACUGUUGCGCCGGCCGGACAGACAACUCCCCGGGCGAUAUGGCCGCGAUUCUGAGAAGACUGCUCCGCUCUAAGAACCACCACGGCGAGAGAGGACGGGACAAGAAUAAGAACAUCCGCCUGUCUGCUUCAGUGGACUGUGCCAUGGGGAGCGGUGGUGGUACAGGUGCAGGUAAGGAUGCAGGAGUAGGAGGAGGAGGAGGAGGGGGGGUACCGGGGGUACCACCUGUCACCAGGGAUGCCAACGGUAACAACAACAGCAGAAUCCUGGCCGCCGGCCUCGAGCAAGCAGACGCAGAGAACGGAAACGUUGGCGGCGGCGUCAACGCCAACGUGGUGGGACCAAACAAGAACAUGAGGGCGAAGAGCCUGGACAGGGGCACCAGCGCGGACUACAACGCGAACAGACGAGCGAGCACGGGAAGAGUGCCGCCGCUCGACAACGUGAAGAUGCCAACGAGAGAGCACGCCCUACAGGUACGCAGUCGGCGACUAAUGCGAGAGCUCCAGGAGGUCCGUAAGCACAAGGACGGGGUGUUCGAGGUGGAUCUCGUGGAGGAUAACCUUUACGAGUGGAACGUGAAACUGUACAAGGUGGACCCGGACUCGGAGUUCUACCAGGACAUGCAGGAGGUCGGCACGGAGUUCGUACUUCUCAACCUGACCUUUCCCGAAAACUUUCCCUUCUCGCCGCCCUUCAUGCGCGUGCUCACGCCAAAGAUCGAGAACGGUUACGUGAUGGACGGCGGGGCGAUCUGCAUGGAGCUGCUGACCCCGAAGGGUUGGUCCAGCGCCUACACGGUGGAGGCGAUCAUCCUACAGUUCAGUGCCAGUCUGGUCAAGGGGCGGGGGCGCAUCAACCGCAAGACCAAGAAGAAGGACACCUACACCCGGUCGCACGCGGAAGCCUCGUUUCGCAACGUGGUCAAGACUCACGAGAAGUACGGGUGGGUCACCCCACCGGCUGGCGACGGUUGAGUCGUAUCUACACACACAAGGUAAUAACGAUAAUAUACACCUGGUCGGUACGGAGGUCAGUAGUGAAGUUAUCUGGGGGAUAGGCUGUCAUUUCUGCUGUUUAAAAGACCUUACCUGUGAGUAGAUUUGUGGUUUUAGCCACUACAUACAGGAGGCUGGCACAGUGCCAUUACCUUAAGGUCCACUUAUUCUUGGCACAAGGAUUUCAUGGCUCUUGAGUCUGGCAUAUGUUGAAUAUUUGCAAGGUGUUGAUGCCUUUGCCAUUUUCAGGGCUU